CCGCCGGUGGCAUUGGUCAGCCUCUGUCGCUCCUCCUCAAGCUCAACCCCCGCAUCACCGAGCUUGCCCUCUAUGAUAUCCGCGGUGCUCCCGGUGUCGCUGCCGACGUCUCCCACGUCAACACCAAGAGCGUCGUCAAGGGCUACGACCCCACCCCGACCGGCCUUGCCAACGCCCUCAAGGGCUCCGACAUCAUCCUCAUCCCCGCCGGUGUCCCCCGCAAGCCCGGCAUGACCCGUGACGACCUGUUCAACACCAACGCCUCCAUCGUCCGUGACCUCGCCAAGGCCUGCGCCGAGUCUGCCCCCGAGGCCAACCUCCUCAUCAUUGCCAACCCCGUCAACUCGACCGUCCCCAUCUGCGCCGAGGUCUACAAGGCCAAGGGUGUCUACAACCCCAAGCGCCUCUUUGGUGUCACCACCCUCGACGUUGUCCGCGCCAGCCGCUUCGUCUCCGAGAUCAAGGACACCGACCCCAAGGACGAGAACAUCACCGUCGUCGGCGGCCACUCUGGCGUCACCAUUGUGCCCCUCUUCAGCCAGAGCAACCACCCCGACCUGAGCUCCAACGCCGAGCUCGUCAACCGCGUCCAGUUCGGCGGUGACGAGGUCGUCAAGGCCAAGGACGGUGCUGGCUCUGCCACCCUCUCCAUGGCCAUGGCCGGUGCCCGCAUGGCCGAGUCCCUCCUCCGCGCCUCCCAGGGCGAGAAGGGUGUCAUUGAGCCCACCUUUGUCGACAGCCCCCUGUACAAGGACCAGGGCAUUGACUUCUUCGCCUCCAAGGUCGAGCUCGGCCCCAACGGUGUCGAGAAGAUCCUGCCUGUUGGCCAGGUCGACGCCACCGAGGAGAAGCUCCUCGAGGCCUGCCUCGGUGACCUCAAGAAGAACAUUGAGAAGGGUGUUGCCUUUGUCGCCUCCAACCCCGGCAAAUAAGCGCGCUUAGUCUACCCCUUUGAGAUGAAUUGGCUUAGGACGAACCAAGAAAAAAACAAAUCAAGAGAGAGUUCCGCAUGGGACGUCAGUCUUUUUCCUGGCUUGGAGUUGUCUGGUCUCCCGGGGAAAACGUGUAAUGGGGAGGAUGCCCGGGCAGACUUUUGCGCGCCAUCUGUACCCUUCAUAGACUUGUCUUGAUGUGACUAUGUAAUGAACGAGCUAGGUAGUGUAAGAUACGAGAUUGACGAUUGCCCAUGUUUAUUAGGGUGGUCCAAUUUGUUUGUGAGUUGAGCUAUGCAUCGCGCGAAUGAGUUCAAUUCAUGUUGUUCCAGUCUGG